UUUUCCUCAGCUUUAUGUCGUUUCAGUAAUGCCACUUUUCGUUUCUUCCAAGGAGCAAAUGCCUUGGGGCGAAUAUUACAUUCAUGUUUUCUGGUUGGAUUAUAAAGAAAUGUGACUUAAAGCACCAAAACCAGAACUGGAAUUAAGCAGAAAAGCUGCAUGGCACCAUUCUAUCAGCUUGUAACAAUCACCAAGAGAAUUUUUAACGAAGACCACAAGAACGAAAUGUCAUGUAUCUCUGGCACAUUUCAGCAUAUGUAUUGUUGUAUCUAAUACUGCUAAUGUAAGGUCGACUUUGUUGGCAACGAUUUCCAAGACUUGUUUAGUUAUUGUCGAUAAAGAAUGCCUUACGACACUAAGCAUUGUGUCAUUCUGCUACUUCUUUUAAUGAAGCCAAUGAUCGCUGACAGGCAACCCAAGCUACAAAACGAUGCUUCUUGUCCACGACCCAGAGUAGGGAAGUGUAGUUGUGAGCAGAUUGGGCCGUAUACUAAAGUAACGUGUAAAGGACUGGACGCUUUACCAGAGAAGCUUCCACGAAACACUACGUAUAUAGAUUUGGGAGGCAACAUGCUGAACUCUUCGAGUCUCUAUGGAAUGUUUGAUGGUCUUAGCAAACUGAGACGCUUAGAUAUAUCAUUCAAUCCAAUAAAAGGACAUCUUGUACCCGGAACUUUUUCAAGUCUUAGAGAAUUGGUAGAAUUAACAUUAAACAACAACCAAAUCGAGAAGAUCCACAAAGACAGUUUCAUGGGUUUAAAAGACUUGCAAGAAUUAUAUCUAUUUAAUAAUGUCAUAACCCAGCUACCAGACGGUGUGUUUGCAAACCUUACUCUUAAAAGAUUUCAGAUGCAAAAGCCUCAAAGAUCUUCCCCAUAUUCAACGAUCUUCAUUAUCUCGAAUCACCUGUGCUCCAAAUCAAUUGGGUUGGAUCAGAGAGUUGAACAAUCAAGCGGCAUACUCACUUGCUACAUCGGGAUUUUUUUGCAAUAAGACAGAUAGCAACGACUGGAAUUGCAUUCCUUGUAAUGUUGGAUCAUUUCAAGCAAAAAGGGAUAAUGACCCAUGCAGUGAGUGCUCCGCAGGAGGAUUCUACCAGGACGAGAUGGCACAAACCAAAUGCAAAGAAUGCAACAUUGGUACUUAUGUACAUCCAAACAACACACCUGGUAGUACACCACUGUCAUGUCAGGCAUGUCCACAAGGUAAAAGCCCCUUGGUAUGAGCUAAAAAUACAUAGGUACCUAUACAUACAAUACAUAGGUACUUAUGUACAUCCAAACAACACACCUGGUACUACACCACUGUCAUGUCAGGCAUGU